AUGAGGACAAGGCCAAAGAGUCAAGCCCCUGCUGAUCUCAUGUUGGAAACUGAAGCUGCAGAGAACCUGCGGAUAGCCAGGAAUAAUUUAGAGAUAUUGAAUGAGAAGAUGACAGUCCAACUAGAAGAGACUGGUAAGAGGUUACAGUCAGCGGAACGCAGAAGUCCACAGCUUGAAGGUGCUGACAGCAAGAGCUGGAAAUCUAUUGUUGUUACAAGAAUGUAUGAAGCCAAGUUGAAAAAAUUGGAAACUGAUAUUGCAAAAAAAACCCAUAGCCUUACUGAUCUUAAACAGCUUGUAAGACAAGCAACAGAAAGGGAACAAAAAAUUAAGAAAUAUACUGAAGACCUCGAGCACCAGAUUGAGAUUCUCAAACAUAUUCCUGAAGGUGAUGAAACAGAACAAAGUCUUCGGCGGGAGCUUCAAGUUCUUAGACUUGCUAAUACUCAGCUGGAGAAAGAAAAAGCAGAAUUAAUCCGUCAGAUAGAAGUCAACAAAAACCAAAGUGGAGCUGAGAGCACCAUACCUGAUCCUUAUCAACUAAAGGAAAAGGUAAAAGAUCUAGAAACACAGCUCAAAACCUCAGAUCUAGAAAAGCAGCAAUUCAAGGAGGAAGUAAAAAAGCUGAAGAAAGAACUGGAAAAUUUUGAUCCUUCAUUUUUUGAAGAAAUCGAAGAUCUGAAGUAUAAUUACAAAGAAGAAGUGAAAAAAAAUAUUCUCUUGGAAGAGAAGUUGAAAAAACUUUCUGAACACUUUGGAGUUGAAUUAACUAGUCCUGUUGCUGCUUCUGAACAGCUAGAAGAUGAAGAAGAAAGUCCUACUAAUUUCCCCAUUUAUUAACUAUUUAAGUUAAAAUUCCACCUGGAAGUCAAGCAAGUCUCUGAGCUACAUUUCCUUCCCAGUACCUUGUACUUUUACCUAAAGUGGAAGUUUUAGUACAUAAAACUAUGUGAUAUUUUUAAUGUAUUAGAAAAGUAUAUUUUUGAAGACUUUGAGUAAUUUAUGGUUUAUCAAACAGGCAAUAAGCUAUGAUGCAUUUCUGUAUGUUCGUGUUUGAAGUUUUUUGGUAUGAGGGUAAAUAAUGAUUUUUAAAUUGGAGUUUUAUAUAUACUUACAUACUUAUAUGUGUUAUGUUGUGAAGUUAUAUAUAUAUGUUGUGAAGUUGAGCCAUGUUUUAUUAAAUAUAUAAGAUUAAAUUCAGCUUUAACUAUUUAAUUU